UUUUCCCCUACGGGUGCGAGCCAAGUUCCAUAAUCAGACUGACAUAAUCCGUGGUCCGGGGCGGUGGUUCCAGCUUAACCAAUAAGGCGUGAAAUACUCCAAACAUGGACAGCUAUCGGUUUUAUGCCAUAGCCUCGGAUGCAGGUUCCCGCCAUAGUUCUUUGCCCUCAGCCCAUUACGCCCCGUUAGACUGAGAACAGCCCUGGCUGACCACCUCUGGGCUGAAAAAAAGGAUAAGCAGCGGGUUGGGGGCGAAAGCUGGGUUCGCAUACAAAACCCUUGUAGCCGGAUGUGAAUCGAAAAGUCUCUCCGAAACAGCCUCAUUCAAUCUGUUCACGAUGAAGUCUUCUCCGGCGGUUCUACUUCUAUCAUUGUUAUUAGCACGUACAAGAGAUGUUCUAGUGUCCGCCGAUUGCUACUUUCCGAAUGGAACCGCCUUCAAUAAUCCCGACCAUCGCAAGUGUCCGAAUUCAGCUGUAUGCUGCGCACUGGGCCGGUCGAAUCCGCCAGGAGGAGACGUAUCCAAUGGGCCAGCUAACGACGAAUGCCUACCGAACGGCCUCUGUGAGAACAACGUCAUGCAGGAUGGCCAGCCGAUCAGAACAUGGUGGAGAGACUUCUGCAGCGACCGCAACUGGAACCAGUCUACUUGCUUAUCAAUUUGCAUGACUGGGUCCUUCGUCGAUGUGUACGGGAACAUUAGAGUAACACCAUGCGAUGGAACCCGCACAUCAGAAAAGUGGUGCUGCGGCGAGACGACAGACUGCUGCGACAAACCUUAUGCCCUCGUCCUUGCUCAGACCUUAGGCGCAUCGCCAUCGACGAUAAGUUCGACCAUAUCUGGCCAUCCCACCAGCACCAGUAUAACGAAUAGCGCGACCGGCGAUCCUUCUUCCACUGCAACGACCAAUACGCCGGAUUCACCAAGCUCGGGCAAUCUUUCUGUGGGCGCGAAAGCUGGCAUAGGUGUUGGUGUUGCUGUUACGGGGCUGGUACUCCUUACCGUGGGCUUCAUUUGGGCAAAAAAGUCACGUUCGAGGAGAAAUGCGGUACCCUACGAAAGCCACGGUGUCGAACCAGGCAUUCCCGCUUACACAGAAUAUAAGCACAAUGCCGAACUUCCUGUUACACCAGGGGAGCUGUAUACGAACGAGGAAGUACAUGAGUUGCCAGACAAACCUGUCGAAAGGCUCACUUGAUGAGUGAGCCACCCUUUGUGCGAUUUACCGCCGACUUUUGAAUCAUGGACACAAGAAUUC